UUUCCGACUUGUGUUUUUGUCAGAGAAACAAGAAAGAAAAGUUGAGAAACUUUGUAUUUAACGAUUUUGCAUAGUGUCGAAGUGGGCAAAUAACCAAAAAUUGCGAUUAAGGAUGACAGACGACUUCAAUCCACCUAGCACCUGCCCAGACGGAAGAUGCAGGGACAUGUCAGACGAUUUCAUCUACAUCGUUAUCGUGCCGGCCUUCAUUGUUGUGGUGUUUGCAGUUGUUCUUGGUGUUCUAGUAUUUCGACGGAGAACCAAACGGGUAGAACCACCUGAAGAUACUGGAGUGCAGUUGGCAAGAUACAACUCUAUUCGUCGGGCAUCACAGAAUAUUCGGGAAUUGUCCAAUCACAGGGACUCCAUGCUUUCGACCAGCAGAAGUGGCUCCAUGUCCCAUGUGGAUUCAGAGAGGCCUCAAAGGGGGACACGACCAUCUAGAAGCUCCACCUAUUCCGCACCCUCCACCCUACAGAGAGAUAGAAGACCAAUCUCCUCUGAUGAGAGAGUCACAUCCCCACCCACUUACCGGGAACUGUUCUCUGGACAUCAGCCAAGGGACAGUCAAUCAAACAGAUCUAGUCUUCAAGUUCCUUUGGUGUAUUACCAGCACAGUGGGGAAGAAAGAGCCUUAAUUCAAACGCCUUAAAAGGAAAACUUUAUUUAUCUUUUUACAAGUAGAAAGUGGAUCAAUGCAUAAAACAAAGAAUUUGAAAAUAAAAUUUAUUUUGAUUGAUAUAUAUAUAUAUUGUUGUUGUUGAAAAAAUAGCUCUAUAUUGUAAAUGAAUGAAGAUGUGCCAUAACAAAGUAAAAAAAAAAACACUUGAAUGUAGCACUUUUUUUAUAGAUAUGCCAUUGAAAGGAAUGUUACAUUGUUUGCAUGUAAUAGAAGGGAAUUUUUACAUUGUGAAAAGUGCCAAAAUUUGUAAGCUGUAUUUGAAAACUCAUUCAUUGAUAUGUUUUAUAUACCAGUACUUGAUCCCUAGACUUUUAAAAAAAUCUUUAUUUAUUUAUGAUAAUCUUAUGCAAAAUUUUAUUGUGUCAGUCCCUUACACAUAUUACAUACCAGGUUAGCUUUAUGCUCCUAUACAUUAGUGUGGUCAAUAUAUAUCUAUUUGCACAUACAGACAUAUCUGUCUCAGAUCUAUGUGGAUGCAAUCAUUGAUGGUGCUAUGUUACUGACAAAAUACUCAUUUUUAACUUUUAAUUUUUUGUUAAAGAUUUUAUAUUUUGAGAAAUUGAUAUUCCUUUAUUUUUUUGUAAUCAUUACAUUUUGGAGGCAUUAUCUAUAUAAUGAACAAAGAAUAUAACCAUGUAGAUUUACAAGUAUGUAAAUAUAUUCAACUUGUGUUAAAUCACGUUCUUUUAUUAGCUAAAUGAAAAAAGUUAACAUUUUACCAAAAAAAUUCUGAUGUUAAAAUGCUGUAGUAGUUAUGCAGUAGCUACAUAUUUGCAUUUCUAAUACGUGACUGUGUUAUUUUUCUUUUCAAUUCUUGUGCAUUCUUACUGUUGAGGAAUAUUUGUCCAUCUUUGUAAUUAAAACUGCUAUUUAGAUUAGGUUUAUUUCUUUUGUACCAAGUAUUUUACACUUACAUAUUUACAUAUAUGAGUAAAAGCUAUUAAUUUUUUCAGGUUUUGAUCUGUUUUUUAAAUUUUUUUUGACACUACUUAUGGUGCGUAGAAUUAUUUUCUAUUGUGCAAAUAUAUUGAUUAAAUCAUAAUACUAUAUCUUAUCUGCUAUUUGUAUGUACCUGUCUUAAUGUUGUGGCUUUUUAAUGAAAUAAAACAAGACCUCGC